GGAGACUGCUCCAGUGACAUCAUGCUCCACUAAUGUCCCGCCUACGCUCACACAGAAAUCCGUACGGAUUUAUAGAGUGUGGGGUCCGGGUCUCCUAGCAACGCCCGAACCCGGAGCGGGUCACGAGCACCAGCCAUUGUGCACUGAGCGGGACCGUGAGCUUGAACUUGUGUGCAGCCGCCACAGGACCGAGUCAGUGCAUCACCUCCCCCUCCUCCUCCUGCUGCCGGGAUAUAGAGGGAAGCGGCCAGUGCGGGAGAAAGGUUUCUUUGUUAUCAGUCGGGCUCCCAGGCCGGUACCACUCGUCACCUCACCGGCAAAAUGUGGCAACUGAGCGCUGCGCUUUCUUUUUAAGUGUGCUUUGAUUGCACUGAGCAUGCGCAGAGGCUUUGCCAUUCAGCUCACUCGCUCGCUUAUAAGCCCACCUGUGUGCUCCGCCAGUUGCAGUCGGGAGUCACAUCCGCGGGACAGGACUUUAUUAUUAUUAUUCUGCUCCGGCCUCACCGACCACCUCGGCACUAGGGAAUCCGUGCAUCGUCGGCGGGGAAUGGACGCAGGCUUGGGCACGUUCCAUUGGCAGCACUUCGGUACCUACUGCACAUGGAGCGCUUGGUGAGAGGCAGAUGUGGGUAGGGGCUCGGGUCGGGUUCCCCGUUCUACAAUCGGUGUCGCUAUGCAAGUGGGAUCGUCCCGAGAAAACCUUCACUCUGGAGACAGCAACUGCCAGGGAUCCCAUUCCCAUUGGACACAUUCUGCUUUGCACCCCAAAACCCUGCUUAACCCGGACUAUAAUGAGCCCAGCAGCGGCUCCCCAUUCUGCUGCUUCCCCUCGAUAUCCUGCCAGCAUUCUGCGGGCCCUCUGGCUCCUCUUCCUCCUACUGGGAUUCUGCCAGUCAGUGGAAAACAGGUGUUCUUCUUCCAGUGCAACGACAUGUGUGAAAUGCCUUGCCCAGGGGCCAGAAUGCGGAUGGUGUACUCAAGAGGAUUUCCUGGCGGAUUCCACAGAAAAUGAAAGAUGUGACACAGCUCCUAAUUUAAAGUCUAAAGGGUGCAGACAAGAUUCAAUAGAAUAUCCUACAGCCCAUGCUCAGCCUCUGAGUAGCAGGGACAGCAAUAGUCAAGUCACACCAGCUGAAGUUUCAGUACACAUUAGACCAGGAGCAAAGGUUAACUUCCUGCUAAAAGUGCACCGUCUAGAGAAGUAUCCAUUGGAUAUUUAUUAUCUGGUCGAUAUAUCUGCGUCAAUGCACAAAAGUAUAGCAAGGCUCAAUUCCGUAGGAUUUGAUCUUUCCCAGGAAAUGGCAAAUUUUUCGGAGGAUAUAAAAUACGGUUUUGGAUCAUUUGUGGAUAAGCCAGUCUCACCCUAUAUAAGUAUUCAUCCACAGAAAAUUAAAAAUCAGUGCAGCGCUCUUGAUCUGGUUUGCAUGCCACCCCAUGGAUACAUUAAUGUGCUGCCCUUAACAUACAAUACAACAAAAUUCAAAAAUAUUGUUGGUAAGCAGAGAAUUGCCGGGAAUAUUGAUACUCCUGAAGGUGCAUUUGACGCAAUGCUGCAGGCAGCUGUUUGCAAUACAGAUAUUGGCUGGCGCAAAGAAGCAAUGCAUUUGCUCAUUUUGAUGACAGACCAAACCUCUCACUUAGCACUUGAUAGCAAAUUAGCAGGGAUAGUCACUCCUAAUGAUGGCAGUUGCCACCUUAAAGACAAUGUUUACAUCAGGUCGUCGGAUAUGGAGUAUCCAUCCUUGGGUCUUCUUGGAGAAAAGCUAACAGAAAACCACAUAAGUGGAGUUUUUGCUGUGCAAGGACCACAGUUUAAUUGGUAUAAGGAUCUGUUACCAUUAUUACCUGGAACAGCUGCAAGACAGUUGGACCCCUUUGCAUCAAACAUGAAAGACUUGGUGUUUGAUGCAUAUCAGAUGCUUCUAUCAGAAGUAAAAAUUGAAGUGGAUAAUCCUAUUAAAGGGAUUCAUGUUCAUGUAACUGCUAUAUGUCCCGAUGGGACUAGACGUUCGGGGAAAGAAGGAUGUCAAAAUGUUAAAGCCAAUGAAAAGGUGUUUUUCAAUGUAACCCUUACAAUGGACACUUGUGAUGUAGGUAAUGGACGUGACUACAUUGUACUUAGACCCCUUGGUUUCAAUGAAACUGCUAUAAUAAAGGUGCACAGAGACUGUACCUGUCCGUGUAACAGCGUAUCACAGGCCAAAGGAAAGUGUGUGACGGAUGAUUCUGCAGACUGUCAAACCAUUCCAUGUAAAGAAGAAACCUGCAGCUCGGAUGAGUUAGACUUUGCGUCUGAAAGCUGCAGGGCUUCCCCAUCUCAGCAAGUCUGCAGCGGCCGAGGCGUGUGCUCAUGCGGAAAAUGCUUUUGUCAAAAAACCAAACUGGGAGCAAUAUAUGGGAAAUACUGUGAAAUGGACAACUUUUCUUGCCCAUACCAUCACGGGAAACUGUGUUCUGGUAAUGGAGAUUGUGAGGAUGGGAAAUGCAGAUGCUUUAACGGCUGGGAAAGUGAUCGCUGCCAUUGUGCUUCCUCACUUAAAAAACACUGUAUGAACCCAAACGGCCAUGUGUGCAGCGGCAGAGGGGUGUGCCAGUGUGGCAAAUGCCAGUGCACUGAUGCCAAAAGCUUUGGCCCUUUGUGUCAGUACUGCACUGAUAACUGGAAUUGUGAACACUUCCAAGGCUCCAUCAAUGUUUCUGAAUCUGAAGGGAAUCUGUAUAAAACUGCAUGUGAUUUGCUGGUUUAUUACAUUGAUCAGACUUCAGAAUGCUUUUCAGAUCCUCGGAUCCUCACCAUUUUUUUCAUCAUUUCUAUUGUUACAUUUCUGCUGGGAAUUCUGACUGUGCUUCUAACGAGGCAUGUUAUCCUACACCACCAUAAAGCCAGAGACAGGUCUGCGUCCAGUUAUAGGGCACCUACAAACAAGAAGGAUAAAUGUGUGCUGCACAAUGUGUACACUCGGACAGUGACAUACACGCGUGAAAAACCAGACAACAUCAAUAUAGACAUCAGUAAAAUGGAAGCAGCUGAGACAUUCAAGUGUAACUUCUGAAGAACUGUGUUCACCCAGUAAUGUUUCACUACUUUGGUUCUGGUAUGUCGGCUGUCAGUAUUGUUGCUGGCAUAUAACUAAAACCAACUGUUAUCUUUAAUUAUGUAGCUGCUGUAAGGCCUGUGGCACCAGGGCAGAUUUGGGGCAUUUAGAUGGCUCCCUUGCAGGUGAUUUUUCACAUCGCAAUAAACAUCUGUAAACUGCCCUGUGUGCCAUAGGCCCAUUCAAUGUGCAUUACUACUGUGUGGUACCACUGAUAAAUGUAGCACUUUAUUUUAUUUGUGUCUUCUAUAUUUUAUGACUGUUUCCAAUAUUUUUAAUAAGAUAAAGCAAAAAAAAGCACUGGUUACACUUUAGCUAGGAAUUUGUGCACUCAGAAUGUUACAUUGAAAAUCUGGAACUGAGACUAAGCCAAAAAAACACAAUAUUGUAUAUACAUGUAUAUCCAGAAUGCUCGAGAACUGUGGCUUUUUGGAUAAGGGAUCUUCAGUAAUUUGGAUCUCCAUACCUUAGGUCUGCAAAAAAAAAUAAUUUAAACCUAAAGUAAACCCAAUAACAUUGCUUUGCCAUCAAUAUGGAUUCAUAUAGCUUCGUUUUCAUCAAGUACAAGGUACUGAUUUUAAAGGGAAUCACUUUUAAAAAUUAUAAAUUAAAUGCUUAAAAUGGAGUCUAGGGGAGACAGCCUUCCUGUAAUUCGGAGCUUUCUUUAUAAGCGUAUGCUGAUGUCAAUUGGCAAAGUACAGCAAUUGUUAUUAAAGUGGACUUAAGCUUUAUAUUGCUCCUUCCCUAUGCUUUGUGCUUGUGUCAGAUUGUUAGUGGCAAGGUGGGGGAAUGACAAGGUAACUGCAGCUUUUUAGACAUUAAUCAGCAAGGUGAUUUGUCCCAAGAGAACUGUCUAAAAAUAAACAGCGCUGGGAUUUUUUAAUGUCUCAAAAGGAUGGAACUUCUAAAAUCAAUUUCAAUGUGCCAUGUUACAUUCUUAUAUGCUAGGGUUACACUAGGGGCCUUAUUUAUCAAAAUCCGAAUUUUUCUGUCUAUAUAAAGAAAAAAAGUCCGACCAAACUAGAAUCCACAAUUAGACCGUAUUUAUUAUUUUAAAAGGACGACUUAAUCAGAUCGGCGACACACGAAAAAAAUCCAGCGAAAAGUCGAAUCAUUCAAAUUCUUCAAAUCUUUCCACGUAAAGUCAGAAAUAGUCGGAUUUUCGGGCUAAUUCCAGUGCAGAUGACAGAAACUUUCAAAUAGGUUAGGGACCUCUACCAUUGACUUAUACAACAUCAGUAGGUAUGAGAAGCUAGAUUUUCGGAUUCAUACGUUUUCCCAUCCUCGGGGUAUAAUAAACCUCGAAAAAUUUGAGUUUUACUUUUAUUAAAAAAAGACUCAAAUUUUUCUUGCUUUUUGUCGGACUUUAAUAAAUAACCCCCUAAGUGUGUUGUUUUAUGUCAGCAAAUUUGUGCCUUACCUGACAUUUACUUGUGUCGUGUUGUUAUUGAAUAUAUCUUAUCUUUUGUAAUAUUGCCAGUAGGAAGCAGAAUCUAAAUCCCAGCCAAUAGGAAAUGUUUAUCUGCAAUUGUAAUUGUUCCCCCCAACAGGGGGUUAAACUCCCCUCUUAGGCUUGAAUUCCAAUUGCAAAUGGAAAAAUAUAAAGGCUUAUUUAUUAUGGCACUGGCACAGGAGCCCCCUAUACCCAAAGGACUUGCAUUACUGCAGGCUGCAAUAUUGACUUGUCCCAAACAAACAGAACACAGCAUUCACUUGAAAGUGCACGGGGGUUCUGUAGUUAAAGCCUGCACUAAGUAGGUGCUAAAUACAGGGCCCCAAAUCACCCAGCAUGCACUGGCACUCCCAACUUUUGCCAGGGAAUAUGCAUAUGCUUCUCAUGUGUCACCUCCUCUUUAUUCAGCACAGGCAGGAGCAAGCAAGACAGGCACAAUUCUCCAGCCUCCAUUCUGGUCAUGGCAGGUGUAUAAUGGAUGAAUAGCAUGACACUUUGCUCUUGUUCUUUGCACUUUGCACCGUACACACCAGCAGCGGCUCAUAAUAAACAAGCCCUGUAGUCUUGGACUAGAUGUUCUCACUGUGACUGAGGAUAUUGAUGUGAUUCAGAAGCAUCUGCCAGAAUCCCUUUCCUAGGCUCUACAGAACUGGAUUAGGUUUGAUACUAAACAUUAUAACAUAGUGUUGGGAUUUCAGGUCCUGUUAUGUUAUGAGGAUGUUUGUAAAGUGUCUGGAGGAAGCAACUUCUAUUAUGCAGGUGACUGAAUUCUGAUGUGACUGCCAACAUGCAUAUAUUUUUUUUAAAUAAAAUCGUACCAUAC